GAGUUGUAUUGUUCUUUGCCCAGCCCUAAGAAUGUCCAUUUUGAAUCUAUAAACAUGAAAAAUGUCCUUCACUGGUCAGCACCAGAAGGCACAGGAGAUGGAGUAGUCUACAAGGUGAAGUAUUCAGUAUACGGUGUUGGCAAAUGGAUUAGAAAGCCAGAAUGCAGGAAUAUCAACAGAACGUGGUGUGACCUCUCCAGUGAGACCUCUGACUACGAAGAACAAUACUAUGCGAGCGUUAAAGCCUUCUUAAAUGGGAUGUGUUCUGACUGGAUGGAGACCACACGAUUCAACCCUCUUACAGACACUAAAAUUGAUCCACCCAUGGUAAGCGUAUCUUCUACUGAGAAAUCUAUUUCAAUCAUUCUGACUGCUCCUGAGAAGUGGAAGAGUCCUGAGGGAGAAUCCGUAUCUCUGCUUCAAGUGUAUCCUGGCCUGCAAUACAACGUGUCUGUCCUCAACAAAAAAACAAAGAAGCGGUGGUUCUUCUCUGUCAGCAACAACACCUUGGUUGUGCCGUGGUUAGAACCUGGAACAGCUUAUUGUGUCAGCGCACAGAUAUAUGUCACCACACCACUUUUGCACAGUGGGUUCUCCAAAGAAUAUUGCAUUGCUACUUUGAAAGAUAAAACAGCAGAUGAGACUAUAACAAUUGUAUUUGGAUAUGUUCUCCCUAUCAUGCUGGCUGUCCUUUUUAUUUCAAUGACAUGCUAUUGUGUGCACAGAUAUAUUCAUGUCAGCAAACAGAAACACCCAACAAACCUGGUAUGGCAGUACACUGACAAAUGCAAAGAAAGGGUUUUCAUACCGUGUGAAAAAAUCAUGGUCAACCUUAUUACUGUUAACAUGGAUGAAUACAAGCCAUCUGAGGAAUCCAAUCAUCUAUCAGAAAGGAAAAGUCCCUGUUAUUAUACUGUUUACAAUGGCACCGAAGGGAAGGAUUUGCCUUCAAAAGAAGUGCUGGAAACAAAACAUUUACUUGAUAUUUCACUCGAAGAAGAUAUUUUAGCAGAAGGGGACCAAACUGGGAACUGGCCAUCUUAUGGCCAGACUGCAACAAAGAGUACUUUGAGACAUGAAAAUGCAGGGACUGUAGAGUAUGAACAUGAUGUAAGGGCUGAAGACUUCAGUCCUGGUCAGAAACUAGAAGACCUCAGUUUGAAAGAGCAGACCUCUGCCCCCAGGGGACUACUAGGUGCUUUGGGGGACUUGGUUAACAUGAAAACAGGAGAGCCAUAUUGCCCCCAACUAGAGGUGAGGGCAGCAGACCCUUGUUUGGGACAGAAAGUAGAGGAACUUAAUUUGAAGAUGGUUGAUGCAGCAGAUGAAUUGCCGGCCGAGACCCAUAUCAACUUGGUGGACUUGGAUGCUGAAAAAUCUGGGCAGACAUCCUAUCCUCAGCUGGAAAAAAUAGCACAGGGCCUCACAGAGAAAGAGGGUGAACAGACCAUAUUAGUAGACUGGGAUCCUCACACUGGAAGACUGUAUAUUCCUACCUUCUCCAGUGUUGAAAAUCAGGUGUGUGAAGGAGUAUUCAAGUGUGAUGAUCCUGACAAAGAGGGAAUUUUGUCCAGACUGUAUGAGGAGGAGGUGUCUGAUGAAUCAUCAGAGGACCAAGAAAUGUAUCUCCUGCAAUUCAAGGAACAGUGGGGACUGCAUGUAGAAAUGGAAGACUGA